AUGGCACCUACACUCCCACAUUACCUUCUUGUGCUUCUAUUCCUGGGGGUGGCAUCUUACACCACUCCCUCUUUUGCUGGUCAUGAGGAAUUGUCGAAGUACCACGGUAAUCUUCACAAGAAACUGCUGUCGAUGACGCCGUCGACUUAUGGACAUGAUGCUCGCCAAAUUGUGGCCGAGGAGAAUCGGAUGUCUGAACUCAAACCUGAUUGUUUACCCGAGCCAAAGCCUGGUCAUCAACCUGAGCCUAAACCUGGGCACAUGCCAAAGCCUAAGCCCGGACAUAUGCCCAAGCCCAAACCUGGACACAUGCCCCAGCCUAAGCCUAACCAUCCUCCCAAGCCUAAACCUGGUCACCAACCCGAGCCAAUGCCCGGACACAAGCCCGAGCCUAAGCCUGGCCAUCCUCCCAAGUCUGAGCCUGGUCAUUUGCCCGAGCCGAAACCCGGACACAUGCCCGAGCCUAAGCCUAGUCAUCCUCCCGAGCUUAAGCCUGGUCACAAGUCCGAGCCCAUUCCUGGACACAUGGGUGAGCCUAAACCCAGUCGCCAAACCGUAACCUAA